AUGGCACGCGAAAGUGAAGUAAGGUCGUUGUUGACGUUAUCGUCGAAGUCGGAAGACAGCUCGGCGCUGGCGGCGCGUCUGCGCUGGCGCAACGCCGCGCUGCACGACCGCUGCAACAUGAAAGAUAUGGAAAGGAUAAAGGAAGCUUUUGAAGAGUCCUACAAUAACAAAAUGGGGCCUCUUGAGUUUAGAGACUUACUGAAGUCGUUGCUUAACGUGGAGUAUGAUGAUGAAGAGUUUAACAUUCUCUUUAUGAAGAUGAACACAAGUCGCUCGGGCGAGGUGGAUUGGGAAGAGCUGGUGUCACACCUGAUCCUGGGCUAUUUCGGCAACGAUGCGGAGAACCAGCGGGAGUCGCUGCAGCCUCCUAUCAUGGGCUUGCCGGCUAUCUUGCGCUCACAGCACAGGCACCCCAUUUCCCGGAUAUGUUUCUGCCCUGAUGUCGAAAAAGACCGCAGCACGGACCCGAUGCAAGGCUCGUACAUAACGGCGAGCCGCGACGGCAUGAUCAACUGGUGGUCGCUCGACAUGAAGCUAUUGCGGACUGCUUACUCUUCAAGUCCUCUCCUCAAGGUGCGCACGACGUGGGUGACGGACAUGGUGUGCAUGCCCGACGUGAACAUCAUCGUCACCAGCUCCACGGAGCGCGACCUGCGCUUCUACGACUGCACUGCUAAAACGUUCUCAUUGAAGAUUGUCAUCACCAGUUGGGAGUAUAUGAUCUGCACAAUGUACUAUCACUUCAGUGAGGACAUCAACGAGCAGUGCAUGCUGAUCUGCGGCGACGUGGGCGGCAACGUGCGCGUGCUGCUGUUCUCGCCGGUGGCGCGCGGCCCCUUCAAGAACGAGGCCGGCCGCGCCAGCAUCACUCUGCGCCACGUCGACCUGCAGAGACGGCCCAGCAUGCUACCGGAGCUACACCUAAUAGAAUUACCUCGCCUCCACGCGGAGUGGGUGCGUCAGGUGUCGUACUACAAGUCGCUGCACUGCGUGGUGUCAUGCGCCACGUGCCCCGACGCGCUGCUCAUGUGCGACAUACACGGCUCCAAGACGCACAACAUGUUCAAAGUUGAAAAGGGUAUCCAAUGCUUCACGUUCGAUGAAGAAGCACACGUGCUGGUGACAGGCGGCCCUGACUGCUCGGUCCGCGUGUGGAACCCCUUCGUGCCCGCCAAGCCCAGCGUGACCUUCAUCGGCCACCACGCUGGGAUAACGUGUAUUGUACUACAGAACAAAGGACAGACCAUAUACUCUUUAUCAAGAGACAGAGCCAUUAAAGUGUGGGAUGUACAAGGCCAAGUGUGCAUUCAGUCCUACAUCGACGUUCCAUCAGUGAUAGGCGAGCGCACGCCUAUAUCCGCAGUAUACAACCCAGCCACCCGCGAGUUCAUUCUUGCAGCCAUCAAGAUAGCCAUCGUGGUGCUGGACGAGCAGCUCAACCCGCUGCACACGGACGGGUUCACGCACUCGCGAGCUGUGUCCAAGAUCCUCUACAAUCCUCUGUUUAAAGUUAUCAUUACAUGCGGUUUAGACAGCAUUAUUAUUGUCUGGAAUCCGGUGACCGGGAAACGCAAUGUAUUGAUUCGCGACGCGCACGUCAGGAUGCUACACGCUGAGACGGUCCCCGUGGAGAUCACCGCAGCGUGUUUUAACCCUGGCAACCUGCUGCUUCUUAGCGGGGCCAGGACCGGCGAACUCAAGGUAUGGAACUUUAACACUGGCUUGUGCUUAAGGGUAAUGACGAUUGAACACAUGUGUGAAGUCACUGGCUGCUUCUGGGUGGAGGGAAGAAUCCUAGCGAUAGGAUGGAACCGGCACGUGGUAGAGUUUGAGGAUACAGGCAUGGCGACCUCCGGCAAAGUUUGGGAGACGCGUCACACAGACGACGUGCUGGCGGCGGCGGUGCGGCCCCCGCUCACCAUCGCCACGGCCAGCUACAACUCCGAGCUCGUGCUGUGGAAGCUGGAGACCGGACAGCCUUACAGGCGGUUCUCCUGCACUGAGCCGACGCUGCGAAUCAAAAUGGUGUACAGCAAGCGCGAGUCUAUCAAACCGGUGACUAACGCUAGUGAGAGACUUUCCCUGAGAAAAUCCUCUGGAAUUCGCAAACCUGGGAUGGGCGGUGCUCGUGAAAGCGUGGACCCAUCGGCGGCCAUCAAGAAGGCGACGGCGCGGCGCGUGUCUACCGUGUCGAUGCCGACGCGCGCGCAGAACAUGCGGCACCUGGCCGUGCACGCCAUGAUCUUCCUGCACACACGGCCGCAGCAAAUGCACGUCGCUUCCCUCCUACUCGCGCUGGAGAACGGCACAGUGCAGUGCUGGUCAGACCACUCGGCGGGUGGAUACCAAGGCGCUUUCCAGGCCAUCCACAUGGCAGGCGACUAUGUGUCAAGCAUGACGACAGACAUCGCAAACGAGUUCCUCUUCACUGCUACCACACAGGGAUACGUCAAAGUGUGGCUCCUGAGUAACUACCUUAUUAAGAGGCCGGUACAUGUAAACAUGCCCCGGCUGCGCCUGAUGUUCCCGUUCCUGUGGCGUGACCGCAUCGAGGGUCGCGCCAAGCGCAGCACUCGCGACCAGCCCCUACCGCUACUGCUUAACAGCUACCGAGCCCAUUUGCGCUGUGUCACUUCAUUAGCAUACAUCGACGAGAUGAAACUUCUGUUUACCGGUAGUUCAGACUACAGCGUUCGAGUGUGGCGUUUGUCCGGUGAAUACCUGCAGACGCUGGGAAGCUUCCUGCCAUGGACUCUAGAGGUGACUCGCUUCCCCCCGGACGUGCAAAAAGUCGCCAGCUUCACGACGUUCAAGGUGUGGCGCGGCGGGUACGUGUCGCGCUACGUGCCGGGGCAGAAGGAGGUGGACAAGCUGCGCGACAUCACCGAACACGAGCUCAAGCAUAAGACGUUCGGCGCCGCGCCCAAUGAGCCGCUGCUCGGACAGUACUUCACACUGCCAGUGCGUCCGGAUCGGCAGGAAUCAAUGGUUCUGGACGUCUCUCUGCCUGUUAUCCCAAUAUAUACGCACUUGCGUAUGAGCUCGACGACACCGGUGCGGCGGGCGGCCACUCCCGAGUUGGUGCGUGAGACGCGGCUCAGGCGUCUCAACUCAAAGAAAGCACGAGACCCAGAGGUCCAAGUGACGCAGCUUCAGAUACAACUGCCGCUGCGGCAGACCGACUCGGCCGAUCCGUCCAAAUGUUAGCGCUAGCAUACAAAGCAGAGUUCAGUCCGUAGAAUUUUGAUUUUAGCAACAGUUCUAAAAACGCGUUCUUCCUAUCAAAAAAUGUGCAGCAAGAUCUGGUAAUCAAUUGCUAGGUUGAGGCGCAAAGUAUUAAGCAGGUUAAUAUACAACUUUGCUUUAUUUCGGUUGUGCGUAUUAAUUAGCACAUUCGCAUAUUGAACUUUAGGUAAGUAUUUAUUU